UUUGCUGAGAGUCCAGGUACCGCGCUCAUAGACGGCUAUAUGGUCAUCUCCAAGCUCGUAUCUUGGCCCUCUCUCGCUCGCGGUUUCAGCGGAGCUCAAAAUGGGUACUCUCUCAGUUACUGGGCUUCUCUUCCAAUCACAAAACCCUAAACCCAGAAUCCCGUUCUCCACUAAUUUCACAAAUCAAGUUAUCUUCCCUAACCCAGUAUCCAAACUAAGGCUUUUACAAGCCCUUCCCAACUCUUCUUCCAUAUCCAUCGAAGAAAAUCCUGGAAAGAAGGCCCCCACUCUCCGAGAAAUCUGCCAAGGUCACGUUCCCGAACACGUAAUACGCAGGGCUGAGGAGGUUGGAUAUACUAGACCAACAGACGUACAACUACAAGCACUGCCAAUUUUGUUUUCAGGGUGCGAUUGCAUUCUUCAUGCGCAGACAGGUUCUGGGAAGACACUGGCAUACCUUCUACUGAUCUUUUCUGUCAUAAACACUCAAAAAUCCGCUGUGCAAGCAGUGAUAGUAGUGCCCACCCGGGAACUUGGCAUGCAAGUCACGAAAGUUGCUCGGAUGUUGGCUGCGAAGCAUGUUGAACUUGAAUUGGAGCAGAAAUGUUGUACUGUCAUGGCUCUUUUAGAUGGAGGAAUGUUGAGAAGGCACAAGAGUUGGCUAAAGGUGCUAGCCCCUACAAUAGUUGUUGCAACAAUAAGAAGUUUGUGCCAGAUGCUGGAGAAGCAAACCUUAAAGCUUGAAUCAAUGAGGGUACUGAUAAUUGAUGAGGUUGAUUUCAUGUUCAAUUCUUCAAAAGAAGUCGGUUCUCUUCGAAAGCUUUUGACCUCAUAUUCAUCACUCAACAACCGUCAGACUGUUUUUGCCAGUGCAUCCAUCCCUCAGCACAGACGAUUUUUGCAUGACUGUAUACAGCAAAAGUGGACCAAGAAUGAUGUGAUUCAUGUCCAUGCCAAUCCAAUUCAGCCCAUGCCAUCAUGCCUAUAUCAUAGAUUCGUGAUUUGUGGCAAGAACAGAAAGCAUCAGAUUUUGCUCUCCUUAUUACAGUCUGAUGCACCUGAGUCUAGCAUUAUCUUCGUUGGUGAGCAGUCUGAGAAGUCGAAGAAGGCUGGAAAUACCCCAUCAACCACUUUAUUAGUUGAGUUUUUGAAGGCUUCAUACGUGGGUUGCUCAGACAUCCAUCUUCUGGAAGAAGACACAAAUUUCCAUUUACGAGCAGCUUCUCUCUCAGAAGUGAGACAAGGAGGAAACUAUAUCCUAGUAGCAACGGAUAUAGCGGCUAGGGGAGUUGACCUGCCAGAAACAACUCAUAUAUACAACUUUGAUCUGCCAAGAACUGCUGUAGAGUAUCUUCAUCGAGCUGGAAGAACAGGUAGGAAACCAUUUUCGGAGAACAAAUGUACUGUUACCAGCAUUCUAUUGUCAGAGGAGCGAUUUGUUUUGAAAAGAUACGAAAAUGAAUUGUUUUUUAACUGUGAAGAACUUAUUUUAUAGACUCGGGGGUUUUAUUCAUUCAUAAAAAUGAGCAUACAACCCCCCCCCCCCCCCCCCCCCCCCCCCCCCCCCCCCCCCCCCCCCCCAAAAAAAAAAAAAAAGAAAAACAGUAGGUGGAAGUGAUACUCUAAAUGUUCGGUGCACCAGUGUGAAUUUAUCUUACUUGGCUUGAGACAAAGGAUAAAAUUCUGUAAUUGGUUUUAGUUUGGAAGAACAUAUGAAGGUUCUCAGCUGGAACAAAUUGGGGAAUCUUUGGAUAAAUUGCUCUCUAUAAUAUAAUGGUUGCUUCUAGCUGAAGUAUAUUGCAAUGUAUUUCCUUUAUGGACAACCAAUAUUUUCAUGUAACUGAUGCCAUAUCUUGAUAAGUGAAUGAAUUACUUGACUUUA